UCGUUCCUUUUAUUGUGCCGGUUCUGUAGGGUCUGUGGCGUUGUUACAGCGUUCGUCGACAUUAAUCAGAUUUUUGGAAAUUUUCAGUAAAAUUCUAUCACUAGAAUCAUUUUACUAAUUCCUAAUGGCAGAUAAAAGAAACGGUUUUCGUCGUAAUCAAAACAUGAAUCAAAGCAAAUAUGGUUCGUUCACUCGGCAUAAUAGUUUGAAAAAUAAACAACCUGGUGGCAAAUUGACCAAACCUGAUUGGAAUCUCUGUACAUUACGACCUUUCCAAAAAAAUUUUUACAGAGAAAAUCCUAAUGUUACUAAAAGAUCAUCUUUCUUUCAGGUGGAAGUCGACGCUUUUAGAAGAACUAAUGAUAUAACUGUACGAGGAGAAAAUAUUCCAAAACCUUUAACUACAUUUGAUGAAGGGAAUUUUCCAGGUAAGAAUUUCUUAGGUAAAAUUUUUAAUUGAUUCUUCCAUUAUGGU